AUGAUGGAGAGUGGUGAGAGAGGAGGAAGAGAAGAUUAUGAUGGAGUGAUGAUGACGAUGACAAGAGACCCGAAGCCGAGGCUGAGGUGGACAGCCGAUCUUCACGACCGGUUUGUCGAUGCUGUCACAAAGCUUGGUGGCCCUGAUAAGGCAACUCCAAAGGCUGUUCUAAGGUUAAUGGGCUUGAAAGGUUUGACAUUAUAUCAUUUGAAGAGCCAUUUACAGAAGUAUAGACUUGGACAAAAUGGUCGAAAACAAUAUGAAGAACAAUACAAAGAGAAUAACAGGUGUUCCUAUGUAAAUUUCAGUGACCAUUCUUCUCAGACUAAUACAAGUUAUGGAGGUGAUAAUGAAGAGGGAGAAAUUCCAAUAGCUGAAGCACUUAGACAACAAAUUGAAGUUCAAAAGAGAUUAGAAGAGCAGUUUGAGGUACAAAAGAAAUUGCAAAUGAGAAUAGAGGCUCAAGAGAAGUAUUUUCAGACAGUGUUAGAGAAAGCACAAACAAGUCUUUCACAAGAUGGACAAAGCAACCUUCAAUUCAACUCAGCUUUAUCAAAUUUCAUGGAAAAUAUGACCAAAGAUAGUAAAGAAAACAUAAUAGACAUGAAUGAGUUUUAUAACAAGAACCAUAGUUCAGUUUUCAAUUAUCAAGAGGUACUAGGAGCAGAAGAAAACAAAGAAGUAAAGCCUCAAGUUGAAGGGGAUUCAAUUCACUUAGACUUAAACAUCAAAGGUGGCAAUGAACUUUUAUGUGCAGAUGGAGCUGAAAUGGAAUCAAAGAUGGUUUCAUAUAGGGUAUUCCAAUUUUGA